AUGGAGAAAGUCGCCGGUUCCCUCUCCGCGGGGGGCAGCUACCCGCAGAAAAACGCCGAGAUCCUCAGCAGCCAGUACGGCAUCAACCUGUUCCUGGCCGGGCUGCUGCUCACCUUCGCCUGGGCCGUGCACGCCGUGGGCAUCAGCAAGAGCCACCUGCUCUCCUACCUCAUCACGCUGAUGCUCAUCCAGGUGCUGUGGAUGCUGUGGUACCUCUGCAGGAGCUGCACGCAGCGGAGGCUGAUCCGCGACAAGGACACACACGCCGGAGCCCGCUGGCUGAAGUGUGGGAUUACAUUAUUUGCAGUGAUUACUUUAAUUCUGGACUCUUUUAAAAUUGGAUAUUAUGUUGAUUUUUCAAACUGUUUAUCACCAACUGAAGGCAUUUUUCCUGUUACACAUGCUGUGCACACCAUUUUACAGGUGUACUUUCUUUGGUGUCAUGCAAAGGAUAUUAUCCAGUCUUUCAAAACACUUGAAAGGUUUGGGGUUAUCCAUUCUGUGUUCACAAAUUUACUCCUGUGGACAAAUGGAGUGCUAACAGAGUCAAAACAUCAACUGAAUGAACAUAAGGAAAGGCUAAUCACGCUUGGUUUUGGGAACAUAACAAUAGUUUUAGAUGAUCACGCACCUCAAUGCAACUGCACAACAACUCUCUGCUCGAUAUUCUCUCAAGGAAUUUACUACCUAUAUCCCUUUAAUAUAGAGUACCACAUCCUAGCAUCCACCAUGCUCUAUGUGCUGUGGAAGAACAUUGGCCGCAAAGUCGAGCAUCACCAGCAACACAAAACUCCAUUCAAAUUCCACGGCAUAACUGUUGGAAUGAUUUUUGGACUGAUCGUGUUAACUAGCACGAUAGCCAUAGUUGUUGUGUAUUUAAUUCAGAUUGGACGUUCAAAAAUCAAAAGCGAGUUAGCACUUACUAUGUUUUACUUGCAUGCUAUCUUUGUGUUGGCUCUCAUGUGUACAGCUGGAAUUGUUGCCCUUCUCAUCUACAGACUUGAAGAUAGAUCGUUGGAUAAUUCAAAAAAUCCUGCUCGAAAACUUGAUGCAGAGCUGCUGGUGGGCACGGCUGCAGGGUCCUGGCUCCUCUCCUGGGGCUCGAUCCUUGCCAUCAUCUGUGCCCAGGCCCAUCCAAAAUACACAUGGUAUAACCUGCCCUACUCUGCCCUGGUUAUUAUUGAGAAAUACAUUCAGAACCUCUUUAUCAUUGAGUCCAUACAUCGUGAACAGGAAAAGGUGAACGACAACAUUAAAACUCUUCGAAUAGUGACUGUAUCUCGGGGGAGCACUUUAUCACUUAGCCCCUCGUACAAAGAGAUUUACAAUGGCAGAGCUGCUCAUGACAGCGGGGAGGUGCCCUGCCUGUUCAAGGGCACUGUCUAUGGGAGGCAAAAUGAUGGUGGUGGUGAUGGUGGUGCCAAAGAAGAAACAAGUCAGGAAAAUAGUUUGGUCAUGCAUUCAGCCUCUGAUUUCUCAUUGUACAGUAGAAACUCAGUUACUAACAACAAGAGGAGAAUUCUGAAGAACAUUGCUGCAUUUUUAUUCCUCUGCAAUCUUUCGCUGUGGAUACCACCGGCUUUCGGGUGCCGCCCGGAAUAUGACAAUGGACUAGAAGAAAUAGUUUUUGGCUUUGAACCUUGGAUAAUUGUUGUGAACCUUGCAAUGCCUUUUUCUAUUUUCUAUCGGAUGCAUUCAGCUGCCUCGCUCUUUGAGGUCAAUU